AUGGUUAAGAAAAAAGUAAAAGGUAAAAAUAAUAAAGAGGAAAAAGAAGAGGAUAGAGCAAAGUGCAACUAUUGUGGAGCUGAUUAUGCAGCUGAUAGUAAGUAUUGUGGGACUAGUACAUUGUGGAGUCAUGUUGAGAAAAAGUGCAGGAAGUGUCCAUUUAGUGAUUGGGUAGAGCAGAAUAAGAAACAAACGAUGAUAACUCAAUUUACAAAGAAGACUCCUGAUUCUGAAGUUAACUCAAGUGGGACUACCACAAUGAAGUUUAGUCAGAAUAAAGUGAGAGAAUUGAUUAGCAAGUACUUCAUUAUUGAUGAGCUUUCCUUUAGGCAUAUUGAAGGGAAAGGGUUUCGCUUGCUUGUUACUCAUUUUUUUCCAAAUUUUGACUUUCUUUCAAGAUAUACAAUUGCUCGUGAUAUCUACCAGUUGUUUUUGGAGGAAAAGAAAAAAUUGAGAAAUGAAUUUGUCAAUCGUAGGUUGUCUUUACAUACUGAUUGUUGGACUUCCAUACAAAAUAUUAGUUACAUGUGCCUAACUGCUCAUUGGAUUGAUGACAAUUGGAAGAUGCAAAAAAGGAUUAUUAGUUUCAUUCAGGUUCCUAGCCAUAAAGGUGACAUGGUUGCAAAAGAACUGAUCAUUUGCCUCAAUCAUUGGGGGAUUACUCAACUUUUCUCUAUCACUGUUGACAAUGCCUCUUCAAAUGAUGUAGCUUUGAGAAAAGUCAAGGAAUAUUUGUCUGAAAAACCAAAUGCUUUAGUUUUGGGUGGAGAGAUGUUUCAUAUGCGGUGUUGUGCACAUAUUCUGAACUUGGUUGUUAGUGAUGGUUUAAAAGAAAUGAGUUAUGCCAUUUCUAGCAUAAGGAAUGCAGUUAGGUAUGUGAGAUCUUCACCAGCUAGGUUGAAGAGGUUCAAAGAAGCAUGUAAAGAUGUAAAUGUUGAAUCGAAAGCUUUAUUAUGUUUAGAUGUGGUGACAAGGUGGAACUCCACCUACAUGAUGCUAGAGGCUGCAUUGAAGUUUAAGAAAGCUUUUAGGUAUUUGGAAGGGGAUGCAAAUUACACAAAGUAUUUUGAAAAAGAAAGAGUAAAUGGAGAAAAAUUUGAUGGCCCACCAGACAAUAUUGAUUGGACUAAUGCAGAAGUAUUUGUUAAGUUUCUCAAGGCAUUUUAUGAACUUACAUUGAAGUUCAGUGGGUCAUUGUAUGUCACAUCAAACCUUUUCUUCCAAGAGAUUCUUGAAGUUCAAGUUGAGCUGAAUGAUAUGAAGAGUAGUACAGAUGAGUUGAUGAGUAAAAUGGCGGGGAGCAUGCAGUUGAAGUUUGACAAGUAUUGGGGCAAUGUUGAGAAGAUUAAUUUGUUGCAAUAUAUUGCCUCUAUAUUGGAUCCAAGAUUCAAAUUGGAUGUUGUUCUUAACAGUUUCAGGUAUCUCUAUGAUCCCAUUCUAGCUGAAAAAAUGAUAAAGAAAGUUGAGAAUAUGAUGACUACCUUGUAUGCAUUUUAUAAGGGCACUGUUAUGACACCUAGUUCCUCUAAUGAUCAACAAGCAAGUGAAAGUGUCACUUCCAAUGCAAGUGGAAGUUCUAGUAGCUCAUCAUUUCUUAUUAAGCGAAGGUUUAUUUCGAGUGAAGUAACCAGCAAUGAUUUGGAUGAUUAUUAUGCAGAUCGAAAGGAAAAGUUAGUUGAGGCUACUAAUUUUGACAUUCUAGAUUGGUGGCAAAGGAAUGGAAACAAGUAUCCUAUUGUCUCUCAUAUUGCAAGAGAUGUUCUGGCUAUUCAAAUGUCUACUGUUGCCUCUGAAUAA